AUGACUCGCACCGCCAUGCCAAUGGCUCAAGAAGCUGAACUUCCUCUCACCCCUGCAGAAUUGGACGUUCUACGCAAGCAAUAUCUUAAGGAAGGAGAGUAUGUCACCAUCCAAACCAAGUUCAACUAUGCCUGGAGUUUGAUUCGCUCGGCUGAUAACCGUCAAGUGCAAGAAGGCAUUCAGUUGCUGACAGAAAUCUACAUGGAUUCACCUGAACGUCGUCGAGAAUGUCUUUAUUAUCUUGCCAUCGGCCACUACAAGAUUGGUAACCUGUCAGAUGCCAAAAAAUUCAAUACCGAGUUGUUACGACAUGAGCCCAGGAAUGAACAAGCAUUGGAUUUGGAAAGGAGGAUCGAUGAAAAGGUGUCCAAAGAGGGCACAAUUGGUCUGGCCAUUGUAGGUGGCGUCGUCACACUUGGAGCUGCCAUCCUUACUGCCAUCCUCAAAAAGAAGAAUUAG